AAUCUUCCCUCCAUAGCUAAAACCUCAGGAAAUUUCGAGUUAAGCCAUCGGAGUUAGCAAAACCAAACAAAACAGAAAAAAUGAUGGCGGCACCGGCGACAGUGGAGUCCGUGCAAUGUUUCGGGCGGAAGAAGACGGCGGUGGCAGUGACUCACUGCAAGCGUGGCCGUGGCUUGAUCAAAAUCAACGGAGUUCCUAUCGAGCUUGUUCAGCCGGAGAUUCUCCGAUACAAAGCUUUCGAGCCAAUCCUCCUAUUAGGUCGUCAACGAUUCGCCGGAGUUGACAUGAGAAUCCGCGUCAAAGGAGGAGGUCAUACGUCUCAGAUCUACGCUAUUCGUCAGUCCAUAGCAAAGGCUCUUGUUGCAUUCUAUCAGAAGUACGUUGAUGAACAGUCGAAGAAGGAGAUUAAGGAUAUUCUGAUUCGAUAUGAUAGGACUUUGCUUGUUGCUGAUCCUAGACGUUGUGAGCCUAAGAAGUUUGGUGGUCGUGGUGCUCGAUCUAGGUUCCAGAAAUCUUACCGUUGAUUUCGGUUUAGAUUUACGGUAUCUGUUCUAUUGCUAUUGGUGAUAUGCAAUUUUGAGUAUGGUUUCGGUUCAGGGAUUAUUAUCUAUUUACAGUUAUUUGAGUAAGUUUUGGAUUCUGAUGAACCUUUAUGUAGUUUUACUACAUUAGAAUGAUUUUAUGUUAUGUAUGCAGUAAAAUGUGUUUUUCAAUGCAAAAUUAGAACUUAUGUUA